AUUUUUGUAUUAAAUAAGAAGUCUUAGUGUAUUUUAUGUUUUCCGUCAAUAUUAACAUUACUUUGACAAUACUAAGCAUAAAUAAGUAUUAUUAAUUGUGUGAAAGUGCUUUUAAUCGACAAUUUUUAUCAUUUUUUAAUCGUAUCGAUCAAUAAAAAUCUUAUAAUUGAGCACCUCUCAGAGAAACUCUUUGGCAUACAAAUGUCUUCAGAAAAGCAAUUUUCAGCAAUGGACACAUCAGGUUAUGUCGGAUUCGCAAAUCUUCCAAAUCAAGUGCAUCGAAAGUCUGUCAAGAAAGGCUUCGAGUUUACUCUCAUGAUUGUCGGUGAAUCUGGACUUGGUAAAUCGACACUUGUGAACUCACUUUUCUUAACUGAUUUAUAUCCAGAACGUGUUGUGCCAGAUGCUGUUGAACGUACAAAGCAAUCACUUAAACUGGAUGCAUCGACAGUCGAGAUUGAAGAACGUGGUGUCAAACUCCGCCUUACUGUUGUAGACGUUCCUGGAUUCGGUGAUGCCAUAGAUAACUCAAAUAGUUUCAAUAAUAUUUUGGAGUAUAUCGAUGAACAGUACGAGAGAUAUUUGAGAGAUGAAAGUGGCUUAAAUCGUAGAAAUAUUGUUGACAAUCGUGUCCAUUGUUGCUUCUAUUUUAUAUCCCCUUUCGGUCAUGGACUCAAGCCUUUAGAUAUUGAAUUCAUGAAAAAGUUACACCAAAAAGUCAACAUUGUUCCUGUCAUAGCGAAAAGUGAUGUUUUAACAAAGAAGGAAGUUAAUCGCCUAAAGUCAAGGAUUCUCGAAGAAAUCAAAGAGAAUGGAAUAAAGAUUUAUCCACUGCCAGAUUGUGAUUCCGAUGAAGAUGAAGAUUAUAAGGAACAAGUAAGACAAUUAAAAGAAGCCGUCCCAUUUGCUGUUUGUGGAUCAACAACUCUUCUUGAAGUUAAAGGCAAGAAAGUUCGUGGACGAUUGUAUCCAUGGGGUGUUGUUGAAGUCGAAAAUCCAGAGCAUUGUGAUUUUAUUAAGCUACGAACUAUGUUGAUUACACACAUGCAAGAUUUGCAAGAAGUAACACAGGAAGUUCAUUAUGAAAAUUAUCGUUCAGAGCGCUUGGCAAAGGCAUCGCGUAAUGCGAAUGGAAAGAUGGCUAAUGGAAAUGGACAUCUUGCAAAGGAGGAAGUUUUUGAAGACGAUACGAACGAGAAGGAUCGAAUUUUGAAGGAAAAGGAAGCAGAAUUGAAACGAAUGCAGGAAAUGUUGGCGCAAAUGCAAGCUAAAAUACAGGCACAACAAAAUUAAGCAUGACAGCAUAUAUUUAUGAAACAUAAUCUCAUCGAAUAUUUUAAUGCAAAGAAUAUAUUUUAGACAUUUUAUCUCGAAUAAGAUUCAUUUUAUCUCUCUAUGAUUCUGCUAGGGAAAGUCAUUCUAGGGCUACGUAACGUCAUAAAAAACAGUCAAAAAAUAUUUGAAUAGUAACAGUCAAUAAGUAUUUGAAACUGAAUCUGAACUAGAAUAGUUACGUAACUCAUAAAUGACCCCCAUAGCUGCUUAAAUCUUAAUCCUUUUCGUCAUUUUAAAGCAACUUGUAUGUAGCUCGUCUGAAUCUUUUAAACU